UAGAACCAGUUGAGUUAUCACAUCGUUGAUAACGAUUUUAGCUGUUAUCAAGUGUCAACUAACAAAUUAAAAUUCGAAAUAGAAAUUAGAAAGGAAAAGUUAAGCUAAUAAAUUAUAGAAGUGCCUAAUUUUUCAACCCAAAAUAUAAAAUUUGUGACUAGUUAUCUAGAGACAAUUGUGUUUUAUUAGGAAUUAAUCGAAAGACUUCGAGUAAUGGCGCCCACAAAAGGUAAAACUGGCACUAAAGGCCAAAAACAAAUACUUGAGGAGAACGAGGCCACAUUGAAGUUUUAUAGAAAUAUGAUUGGAGCAGUUAGCGCUGUAUACAUAAUAGUUCAUUUAGCUAUUGGAAAUGUUUUUUCUCUUACAAACAUUUUUCUAUAUACUCUUGUUAUUGCAUCACAUGGUGGUAGCUAUAAAUUUAUGGCAUACAUGUCAGUUGCUAAAUUUACUGAAAAUGGUCAGUUACUUGAUGCCGGUACAGAUCUCAACAUGGAAGGUGGUUUAGCCGAGUAUACGAAAGACUUGAUUAUAUUAACAUCCGGUUGCCAAUUAUUAUCACUUAUUUCUAAUUACUUUUGGUUUCUAUGGCUCCUAGCACCUGGUCAAGCAUUCUGGAUAUUAUGGAAAAACUUUUUAGGACCCUAUUUUAUGCAAAAAGCACCAGAAGAUAAUUCACCAGAAAUAAAUGAGAAAAAACAAAAGAAAUUGGAAAGGAGGAAAAAACGACAGCAAAAUGUACGGUUUUAAUGAUUUUGGUUGAUAUAUUGAGCUUAAUUAUUAUUUUUAAAAUAAAUUAUAUUUUUGUUAUAACUUUGAAUUUUUUUUUUUAUACGACUUGAUAUAACAUUUUAUAAUUAUAUCUAUACAUUGUAAUUCUAUUUGUGUAUUCUUUAAAUAAUAUGUUCAUAUUUGUAAUUAUUAACAUCUAUAGUCAAUUACUAUGCUUAUUGCUUUUGAUGAAUGUGCUAAAAUAUGUUAUGUAUUGAUAAUAUAUCAAAAAUUCAUUAAGUGAAA